AAGAAGGAAACAAACAUCCAUCCAGAAGGAGCAGGAGACGGAGAGAGAAAGAAAGCGAUCGAGGAGGGAGCGCGAGGCGAGGAAGGGAGACUCAUCGGAACCAGUCUGACCCGGAGGACACGCUCACGAUCAGACCCGAGAAGGAAGGUUGCCAGGACCGUGACAUCCCCCCGUUUCAGAAAAAAAGCGUCCAGUUUUCUCUUUCGUCUUGUCGGAAACUACGAUUGUCAGCAGCAAUGGCUCAAGAGACCAACCAGAGCCCAGUGCCCAUGCUCUGUGCCACCGGCUGUGGUUUCUAUGGCAACCCUAGGACCAAUGGAAUGUGCUCUGUGUGCUACAAGGAACACCUGACGCGACAGCAGAGCAGUGAUCGGAUGAGUCCCCUCAGCCCCAUGGGUUCAGCUGGUAGUCCUACCUCAGAAGCCUCUGCCAUCCAGAGACUAGAAGCCAGUCUAGCCAAGGUUGAUGCCUCCCCUGCCUCUUCACCAGAUAUGUCUAGAAAUGUUCAAGGAUCUCUUCCCGUGACUCAACAAAUGACGGAGAUGAGCAUCUCGAGAGAGGAGAAACCUGAACCCUUAGAGCCUGUUGUAAACCAGCCUGCUGCUUCGAGUCCCGCCCCUGUAGCUUCAUCCAGCAGCGACGAAAGUAAAGGCGACACCCCAAAGCAGAAGAAAAACAGGUGCUUCAUGUGCCGCAAGAGAGUUGGCCUUACUGGAUUCGACUGUCGCUGUGGCAACCUCUUCUGUGGCAUCCAUAGGUACUCAGACAAGCACAACUGUCCCUAUGACUACAAGGCCGAGGCCGCCGCCAAGAUCCGUAAGGAGAACCCUGUGGUGGUGGCCGACAAGAUCCAGAGAAUAUAGGUAUAACCAACGCCAACAGUGGAAAUAUCGGUGAUGAUGACGACAACGACACCUUUUUGAAAAGACUGGAGUAUAUCGCAUUUUAACCUGGCGGCGCAGCCAAGUGACGAUUGGAAAAGGACUUGAUGAAUGAAACAGCAACCUCAAGAAGAAAAAAAAGAAGAGAUCAUGUUGGAGGAAGAUGCAUGAAUGAUCACUUUUCUCCCCUUUUUUUGAUUAAUCCAUUAGUUUGUUUUACUCUACUUUUGUGUGAAUUCCGCUGUUGAGUCCUUUAUUUUCUAAUACAUAUUGUCUUAUUCAGAGCAGCCCAGCGUAGCUGUCCAAGAUAUUCUGUGCUCCUCUCACCUAAACCAUGCGCCGAUCUGUGCCAAACCAUAGACAGCCGUGUUGCUCAGACCUUAGGUUGUGUCGUCAGAUUUGGGCACGUCUUGCGUACCACACAGUCCAGAUUUCUUGUUCACUGGAGUCCACCAACAGUUAGAGAGCUGUGCAACUGUCCCACAAUAUGCACAAGGGGCUUUGCUACUUUGUCUCUGUCUUCCCUGGCUUUACCUACCUCACAGCUGCUGUGUUUGCUCCGUGUCGUCUUCCCGUUUGUUUCGUUGUCAUCUGCAAUGAGCGUGACAAAGCAGUGCGUCAUCUUCAUGUGCAGCCUCGGUGACCCCUCUGAUCAGCAUGCCCGUGUUGACUGAAUGGUUUGAUUGUGACGAGGCUUUAUUUUUCCGUUAAAACGUAGGAGGUAUCGUGCGAGACAGGGACAAAAUCAGUUACUCCGUGAUUCACUGAAUCUAGACUCUAACAUGGACCUGAGUGAAUGAGCUUCUGGGUGUGCCGGCGAUGUGGCCUGCAACAACGGACACGUGUGCACAAAAGUCUGGCAGGUCAACAUCUGCCCAUCGGUGAGGAAUAAUGAAUUGCUCUUCGCCUACAUUUGUUUUCUCACACACACACAUUUGACAUCUCUCCACCAAGAUUUGAUUUGCUAAGAGACAAUUAUUUCUUUUCGUUCCGUUUCUGUUGAUAUUGUACUGAUGUUAGCGCAUGUAUUCAGUGCAUCUGUGGAAAUAGGGUAUGUGAACCAUGUUUUAUUUUUUAAUGCGCUAACAGAAUGUUUAUGUGAGCACAGUGUGUGUGUAUGUGAGUGUGUGUCGUUCUCACCCGUUUUCGCCCGGUUUAUCAGCACAUGUUUACAAAACUACAGGAGCAUGCCAGAGCUAGAUUUUUGAAGAAAAAAAAAAAUAGAUGCAAAGUUACGAAUCUCAUUUUGUUUAACCGCUAUUGGUGUGAUGGCUAUAGAGCACCGCGUGUGCGUAUGGUGAAUGAUCACAUGCCCGUGCAGAGUGUGGUGUCACGGCUGCCUGAUGCAUUAAAGCCCAUGUAUGUUUGUGACCUGUGUUUGCCCUUUGCUACCCUGUGAGGAUGUGUUUUUCUUUUUAAAAGAUAAAUGUUUGAGUUUCCCUUUAUGAUUCUUAGUUAUAUGCAAAUUUGUACAAAAAACCUGGAAAAAAAAACAACAAACUGUGUUGAUAUUUAUGUAUUACAUAUAAUCUGGCUAUCCAGCAUUACAACAGAAUAGUAUCAUGUAAAUAAACCUGUACAGAGAGACAUUA